GGGCAGGGACUCGGCCGCCAUUGUUUUGAAAACCCCUCCCUUUCUCCUUGCAAAGAGGGCGCGAGGCCACGUUAUCCUUCCCGCUCCUUAAACCCUGAACCCUCAGAGAGAGAGAGAGCGAGAGCGAUGAUCAGUCUGACGCUAAACAGUCCUCUGAGGAUCAACAGAGAGCUCCCUUGCCGUCUGAAUGGCGUUUCGGCGGCAUCUAGAAAGAGUUUCUCGGUGAGAUGCCGUCGUUCAGACUCGUUCGAGUCGCAGAAGUUCACACGAGAUUCCGAUGACGUGCUUCCCGGAAGCCAAACAUCAGGUUCACUAGCAAGAGUCUUUGUUGGACAUUCUAUUUUUAAGGGAAAAGCUGCCUUGACAGUAGAACCAAGGGCACCAGAAUUUGCUUCUUUGGAUUCAGGAGCAUUUAAACUUUCAAGAGAAGGCUCUGUUAUUUUACAAUUUGCCCCUGCAGUAGGUACUCGACAAUAUGAUUGGAACAGGAAACAGGUUUUCUCACUUUCAAUCACAGAGAUUGGAACUCUAAUCAGUCUUGGCAUGAGGGAUUCUUGUGAAUUUUUUCACGAUCCUUUUAAAGGGAAAAGUGAUGAAGGAAAGAUCCGAAAAGUUUUAAAAGUGGAGCCUUUCUCGGAUGGCACUGGUUACUUCUUUAAUUUGAGUGUUUCCAAUAAGCUACAGAAUGUGGAUGAGAGCAUUUACAUUCCUAUAACGAAGGCAGAGUUCACUGUUCUUAUUUCAGCCUGCAAUUUUAUCUUGCCAUACCUCAUGGGUUGGCAAGCAUUUGCUGAGACGAUUUCUCCAGAGGACUCUGUUCGUUGGACAAAUUCACAACAGCAACCUGCUGCUGAUUUAGAAUGGAACAGGUGAUCUACCGGUCUGCUUGUGGCUUUCUGUAAAAGAACGAAGAUAAAGCAAAUAGAAGAGAAAGAAUCUUGUUAUCUCAAACAUGGGGCUGCUGCUGUAAGCUCAUGUUGCAUAGAUGUCAUUUUGUAAGUUACUGAUGGAAAGGAUUAAACUAGUUACUGCUCUGCUGGUGGACAGUUCAUGCUCAUGGAAGUUGUCUUCACAAGGAAAAUUUUGUGUACUUUACUGCCUUUUUAUACAGCCACUUGAGCAGGUCUGUGAAGCUCC